AUGACGGACAACUUCAAAGGUAUCGUCUCUACCAUUAGAGAUACCAACCGCACCAUCUAUUCGGCGUCGGAUCUCACCCAAAGGCACCCAAGGAUCGUUAGGACUGCACCCAUGAAUAUGCGUAACGGCCAACGUACCGAUACUAGCGGCGCCAGCCUAUCCGUCCAGCGUACCUCUACUCCUCUUCCUAUUUCUCCUACUCUUUUCAAGCAAGUCACACCCGCUGUCGAGGCUGAAGGCCCUGCCUCAUGCCUUAAUACCCAACCAGAUACCGCCAACACCUACAUCGACGCCGAUGCGGCCAAUGUCACUGGCCAUAAGAUGGAUGCCAACGCUUCUGUCAUUUCCGCGCCUAGCAGUACUUCUUCGUCUCAAGACAACACACGUAACCACGCCUCUCAGGUCAACGUCAGCAGUGAAUCGGCUGGCCAAAUUAUCACUAGACGUAGACGUAGAGUCAACAGAACCGUCAGGCGUAUAUCUGAGGAUCAGGAGGAGGGCUUACCGAACCCCUAUUUGGAAUGA